UGUAAGAAAUCAGCAUUACCUGUGUCGUGCUGUACCUGGCCUGGGUGAGAAACGGUGUGGAUACAAGAUGAUUGCCGUUAGAAAGCUAGAAAGUCUAAAUGAGAAAUUCUUGACCUGCCCAAUAUGUACAGAGGGAUACAAAGACCCCUGCACUUUGACCUGUGGCCACACCUUCUGUAAGGUCUGUCUGGGGAAGUUCCUGAAGACCAGACAAGAUGCCAUCAGUGCCAAGUCCAUCCCGUGUCCCCAUUGUCGACAGCUGACCCGAGUUCCUCAUUCUGACAGACCAGUGGAGGAGUGGGUGAGACAGAUCAAGCCCAGCUUUCUCAUCCAGGGACUACUGGACACUCUGUCGAGCGUCGACGAUUCUGUGCAUAGUACAGAGAAUAAUUGCCAACCCUGCCAUGAUGUUGGUGAGGGAGCUCCGGCCACGUCGUUCUGUCAACACUGUGAUGUCCAGCUCUGUGAGAGAUGUGUGAAGAUGCAUGCUUCCCUUCCUGCUACAUCAAACCACGUGAUUGCUGACCUUGGUGGAGCAGUUAAGGCCACACGGCGACAAAGACCAAGGUGCAAGGAACACAAUGAAGACUUGGAAUUCUGCUGUCGGGACUGUAAUGUGGCAAUAUGUACCAGGUGUUGCAUCCUAUACCACAGGAAGUGCGACUCUGUACUCACUCUUCAGUCCAUGAUGGCGGAGAUGCGAAAUGUUCUAAACCUCAAUAUGGAGUUGAUCACACAACGCUUUGAGGAUGCGAGCAGAUCACUUCUACAACACAGAUCACAGAUUGAAGAGAUCAGCCGCAACAGAGACACAGCUGAGUCACAGAUCAAGCAGGUCUCACAGAAAGUCAUAUCUGUGAUCAAACAGAAGGAGACACAGCUGCUGGAUGAGCUAGUUGAGAUGACAGAGAAGCAGUGUGGACAACUGAAGGGGCAGAUGAAGUCAGGAGAAAUAGACAUGCAGAUGUAUCAACAACACAUAGAGUACCUCAGCCAGGUGCUGAAGUCUGGGAGUGAGACUGACAUGUUUGAGAUGUACCGGAUGUGUCAGUCAGGGGCUCUCAAUGAAUCAACAGACAGGGCUGGUUUGUCAGACAGUGUAGGUGAUUCACAAGUUCUGUUUCUUUGUGAACUAGACGAGGGGAAAUUACACGAUGCCGUACACCUGGGUCGAAUACAGCAGAACCUAGGUGAACCUGUCGUGGAUGUGCGGCUUGAUAGAAUACAGAGUAGCACAUUUGAUGUACAUAGCAGACCGGUGGUCCACCAGACCGUCGACAUCAGGAUUGAUGGAGACGUGAAGAAGCCGGAUCCAGCUGACGUCACUGUCCUGGUUGUGGACGGUGUAGAGACACUGGUGGUCACGGACCACGCCAAUAGCUGUCUGAAAUCCUUCUACGCGAACAAGGGCAAAUCACAAAGCAGCAAACUCAAUCUUCCAAGUGAUCCACGCACUGUGACGAGGCUGGGGGAUAAUCGGGUGCUGGUGUCCUUCUCCACACACAACGAGAUAGCAGUAGUACGGGUGACCCCUGACCUUGUACUACUGUCACGUGUCUCAACAAAGAAGAAGUACAGAUGCCUGACAGCUUUGAGUUCCUCGAAACUAGCAGCAGGUUGCGGGGAUCCUCCCUGUGUUGAUAUCCUGGACACAUCGGGGGCAGUGUUGAAAUCACAUAGUAUACUGAACAGAGGAAAGACCAUAAACCCAUGGUUCCUCAGUGCUACAACCGACGGCAACAUCCUGGUGUCCGAUGUUGGGUCCCACUCUGUGUACUGUAUCACACCACAUGGAGAUGUUGUGUUCACCUCUACCGGAGGAGGGAGUCUCAGAGAACCACGAGGUAUCGCCACUACCAGCACAGGACACAUCCUGGUGGCGGACUCGGGGACACGGAUGGUGAUACUACUGACAGCAACAGGGAAGUUUGUCAGAAACCUGCUGACGUCACAGUCUGAAAUACUUCACCCGUACGGCUUGUUCCUUUGUGGCCAUAAGCUGUUUGUGAUGGAAUACAACAGAGAUGCUGUGAAGGUAUUCACGGGCAGUACACCUCAGUGAGACGCAUCCCUGAGGCACACCCAGGCAACAAACCAAGCCUCGGGAACGGCCUGUUUCUAUAAGAAUGACACUACAUGUGAUUGUGUGUGAUUGUGUGUGAUUGUGUGUGAUUGUGAUUGUACGUAUAACUUCUGACUUGUGCUUGUCAGACUAUGGUCCUGUAAAUGGUCAUGCAAAAGUCAUAUUCUUGUAGUUUCUUCACCAUAAUUCACUCAUGUGCGUUUUUGUUUGUGAAUGUUGACAUGUAAUUGAAUUUAUAAUUAAAUCUUUAUUGACCUGUAGUUGAUGCAGAAACAUUCAAAUGUACACAUAAGACCUUGGAGAACGGGAAGGUCUUGUGCAUUAAUGGUAAAGAAUGUCCAGUAACAUAUAUGUAUUCCAACGAAUGUUUUCAUGGUGUAGCUCCCACCAGCGUCAUGUUGAGCGGAAUAUAACUUUCUUCUUGGAGGUCUUUCUUUUUGAACAUUGAUGUGACAAAUACAUCACUUUGUAUUGUACAGGCAUGUACGUACGUUCU